AUGCUAACUAGAGGCUUUGGUCUACUUUCAAGCCAAAAAAGAGCUUUUUCAGCCAGUUUCAAGGUGCUGAGUAGCACGAGUUCACCACUUUUCGAUCCCACACAGCUGAACCCUUUGAGCAACGGUAAGAAGAACUCGGCUACCUCUGCAAGAUUGCAGAUCAACACACCUGCUCCGGGACAGCAGCGAUACGCGGCUGUUUCGUUCGUGGCGUCGCCUAAAGAGGAUGCGUUGACGUCAAGGCUAACUGGUAUUCGUGCGGGCAGAACCGUAGAUGUUUUCAACGGCGACACUGCCGGUGCGUUCAGACAGCUAAACUCGGUGGUGUUUGCCAACAGAAUCGCUCACGAUAAGCGGAAUCAGCGGUUUCACAUCAAGCGUGGUAAAGCCAAGGAAAUGCGCUCCUCGCAACGUCACCGUCGCGAAUUCAUGAAGGGUUUCAAGCGACUGAUCGAGGUGGUCAAGGACGCGAAGCGUAAGGGUUACUGA